UAAAAAAAAAUUAUAAAUUUUACGAAAAUGUCCCAGCCAUCGGAAAAUGCAUCCCAUGAAAAUACAAACUACGAUGAUGAGCCCGACGAGUCGGUUGGUGAACGCCUCUGGGGAUUGACCGAAAUACUUCCGGAUUCGCAUCGCAACGCCAUUUCAACAGUCGCCAAAGGAACCGUUGUUUGUGUCCAGAAAGUCUGCUCCGGGGCUUGGAUGAUAUUGUCAGCCACCCUCAUUCUGCUCGGGCCCAUUAUCUUCGAAAUCGAACGCAACCACAAACCCAACUAAGCUUCAUUUAAUUAAAUUAGAUUAAAUAAACAUGAAUGUACCUAAUGAAAUCGCAAUUGACAAUGAAUAGCAAAUAGCAUUUGUAAUUUGUAAACGGAAAACCAGUAAAAAGUAAAAAUGGCUACCAA